GAAAUGACUUUUAACUUGAAUUGUAGAAGGAGAUUGGAUCAAUUAUUUUUGUAUAGAAAUGUAAAAACUUCUCAAGUUUUAGUUACAAUAGGAAGACAUAUACAGGGAAAAAAUUUAAAACAAAUAGAUGAAGCAUUGCGUCCUUUUAAACUUCGUAAAGAUCAUUGGACUCCAUUUAUAGCAAUUUCUGGAUUUACCUCCUAUAGUUUGGUAAUGGCUACCAACAAUAUACUUUUAAAUAAGAUUCAAAAUCGUCCAAAAUCUCCCGAGUAUUACAAAAUGGAAAAACGUUUACGUAUUCACAAAGAUAUGGAUUUAGUUGAAACAAGUGUAUUAGGGUUAUGUCAAUCUUUACAACAACUUGUAGUGCGCAAAAUGAUAUCGGAAGAGGAAAAUAAUUUAUUAAAAAUUUAUUGGGAAAGAAUGGCAAUGAUGGAUUUACCAAAAGAAAAAUUAGGAUUAGAUUGGCCAAAAUUUGUUCAACAUGAAAAGUUAGAAUUAAAAAGAGAUAGACUGUUUAUGAAUGAUGAAUUUAAAAGGAUAAAAAAGUCUUUGGCCGAAAGAAAAGAUAGGAAAGAUGUUAAAUUUAAGAGAAGUAUUUACGACAAGAAAAAAGAAGAAAAGGAAAAUCGAGUGAAUCAAGCGAAUCAAGCUGGGAAUACAAGUGAUAUAAAUCAAACCAAAUAGAAAUAGUAACUUAUAACUUAAGCUACAAAAAACAAAUUUUUAUUUAUAGUGAAUAUUUUGUAUUAAAUAAAAUCUAUAAAAUUCAUACUCGAUGACCA